AUGUCUGACAAUUUAUCAAAUGAUGAGAAAACUGAUAAUUACACUGUAGAGAAUUUAAUUUCUCACGAUUCUGAGUAUGAUGAUGCAUUGGGAGUACCUGAUUCUUUGGAAAUAACUAUUAAUGACAACGAUGUAACUAUAAAUCCUGAGAAUAAAGAAGAUAUUGAUAAUACAGAGCAUCUUGGUGUGAUACCUUUUCCUACCAUACAUGAUGUACCAAAAAAGUUAAAAAAUGAACAUCAAAAUGUUUUCAUUCCUGGAGAAGAAGUGCAUGUGAAAAUCAUAGAUACUGAACGUAGUGUGACAACACAUCCUUUGAACCCAAACUUAUACACCAUAGAAUUUAGGCAUGGCCCGUUUACUUGGACAAUUAAAAAGAGAUAUAAACAUAUUCAAUAUUUGCAUAAUCAACUGAAGAUAUACCGUGCUAGCUUAGAGAUACCUUUUCCCACUAAACGUCACAAAGAAAGAAGAAGUAGUUUGAAGAGUUUGGGAGAAGUUAAGGAAAAACGGGGCCGUAAAGGUGCAUUGCCACGGUUUCCAAAUAAACCUGAUGUUCUAGUACCUUAUGAACAAUUAGAACAGAGGAAGAAAGCUAUAGAAGAUUAUUUAACUAAUUUACUAAAAAUAAAAAUUUAUUUGCAUCACCCUGAAACUAUCAAUUUCGUAGAAGUUUCCCGUUUAUCCUUCAUAGCAGAUUUAGGUAUGAAGGGUAAAGAAGGACUUGUUUUAAAACGAACUGGAUCAGGGGCAAGAAUUAGAUAUAAUUUUUGUGGCCUUCUUGAAGGCAUGUGUUGUAUUAGAUGCAAUCGUUUUUGCACCUCUUUGUGUGGAAAAUGGCAUUCGCGACAUUUUGUCGUGAAAGAUACCUUUGUUGCCUAUAUUAGGCCUAAAGACGGUAGCAUAAAGUCUGUAAUUUUAAUGGAUAAUGGUUUUGGAAUUAGUUUUGGCAUGUACACGACGGGCUUAAGAAAUGGUAUGCAAAUAGUAAACCUUAGUAGGCACAUACUAAUCAAAUGCUGGACUAGAAGAAAAGCUAAGGAAUGGAUGGAGUUUAUACAAGAAAUUAGUAACAGAGAAGGCCGAGAUUUUACACAGACAAAUCCACACAAUUCUUUUGCACCUUAUCGUUCACCUAUACCGGCCGCAUGGUUUGUCGAUGGAUCAAGUUACAUGUCGGCUGUUGCAGACGCUUUAGAAAAUGCCAAGGAAGAAAUUUUUAUUGCAGACUGGUGGUUAUCGCCAGAAAUUUAUAUGAAGCGACCAGCAAUGAACAGUGAUUACUGGAGACUAGAUAAAAUCUUACAAAGAAAAGCAAUUGAAGGCGUAAAAGUAUUUAUAAUGAUCUACAAAGAAGUGGAAGUCGCAUUAGGCAUAAACAGUUUCUAUAGUAAACAACGGCUAGUUGAAAAAUGCCCGGAAAAUAUCAAAGUGUUGCGCCAUCCGGAUCAUGCAAGAGUUGGAGUAUUUCUUUGGGCACAUCACGAGAAAAUUGUAGUCGUUGAUCAAAGCAUUGCUUUCCUUGGGGGCAUCGAUUUAUGUUACGGUAGAUGGGAUAGCAACGAACAUAGAUUGAUUGAUUUAGGUUCAACUCAUCAUUCUAGCAUUUACAUUCCGUCCAAAGGAAAAUUCACAAAUACUAGCAGCAAAAAAGUAUCAAAAUGCCAUACGCGAAAACAUGUCUUACUGUCCUUAGCUAUUGCAACUAACACAGUUGUAAUGGCUACUACAAGAUCUAUACCUGUAUUACCAAUGAUGAGCAUUAAAAGGUCAAUACCAACAGCAUUCUCACAACUGAACGCUGAAGAUUUAUUAUUGAUGCAACCACCCAAUGAUUUUGAUACUAUGAAAUGUGAUACUCCAAACACAGAGCGAAAAAAUCUGUUUGGAAUGGCAAAAGAUACCAUGGACAAAGUGAAACAGAAUAUAAAAUUAAAAAGACAGGAGUUGAUUAAUAUGGUAUAUAAUCCAAACGAAGGUAGUAGCGAUGAGGAAGACGUAAACAACGACACAAUGGAAACUCCAAUUGAAAUAAGCGAAGCAAUGGUGUACGAGGAGGAAGAAAGUGUAUACUCAGAGUAUCCAGGAGUAGCAAAAUUGUGGCUCGGAAAAGACUAUACAAAUUUUAUCGUGAAAGACUUUAAUGAUCUUGAGAAACCCUAUCAAGAUUUAAUAGACAGAAGUACGACACCUAGAAUGCCAUGGCAUGACAUAGGAGUUAUGGUGCAAGGAGCAUCAGCCAGAGAUAUUGCCAGGCACUUUAUUCAACGAUGGAAUGCAAUCAAGAUGGAAAAAGCAAAACUGAAUUCAUGUUAUCCAUUUCUACUUCCAAAAUCAUACAGAGACUGCAGAAGCAGCGUACCGUUUAUCCCAGAAGAAUCUAUUCACAACAUUAAAUGCCAAGUGUUAAGAUCAGUUAGCUCCUGGUCUGCAGGCUUUCUUGAUUCACAAACUUUAGAACAGAGUAUACAAGAAGCUUACAUCCAAGCUAUCAGUAAAGCAGAAAGGUACAUAUACAUAGAAAAUCAGUUCUUUAUUACUCUUGCAUCUAUGGAACGAACUGCAGUAAAGAAUCGUAUAGGAGAAACAUUAUUGAAACGAAUUUUAAGAGCACAUAGAGAAGGUGCAGUAUUUAGAGUAUUUGUAAUAAUGCCUCUGUUGCCUGGCUUUGAAGGGGAAGUUGGAGGACCAACUGGUACUGCAUUACGUGCUAUAACACAUUGGAACUAUGCUUCCAUAUCUAGGGGUAAAGAUGCUAUCCUAAAUCGACUAAUUGAUGCGGGAAUAGAGGAUCCUAGCGAGUAUAUUACAUUCCAUGGUUUAAGAGCUCAUGCAAUGUUAAACGGUACAUUGGUGACUGAACUGAUUUAUGUUCACAGUAAGCUAUUAAUUGUAGAUGACAAUACAGUCAUUUGUGGAUCGGCUAAUAUUAAUGACAGAAGUAUGAUAGCAACAAGGGACAGCGAGAUUGCAGUGAUAAUUCAUGAUCGAGAGUUUGAAGACGGCAAAAUGAACGAUAUACCGUUCCCUUGUGGUAAAUUUGCAGGAUCCUUAAGAAAACAAUUAAUUUCUGAACAUCUAGGAUUGUUUAAAACAAACGAAGAUAUAAAUGUAACUGAUAUAAUUAAAAAGUCAUUCUACAGAGAUAUAUGGUGUGCUAGAAGUAAACAGAACACGGACAUUUUCGAAGAAGUAUUCCAUUGUAUACCUACAGACAAGGUUGUUAAUUUUUCCAUGUUAAAACAGUAUCAGGAUGAAGAAUCACUCUGUUCAUCAAACGCACUUUUGGCUCAAGAAAUGGUUGAAAAUAUUAAGGGUCAUUUGGUAAACAUGCCAUUAAACUUUCUGUGUAACGAGGAUCUGAAACCUGCUGCUGGCACAGUGGAGGGAAUAAUGCCAACAGCUCUAUGGACAUAAGUUGUUUAUAAUCAAAGUUAAAUAGCAUCUACAACAGUAUUUCUAAUGUUGUUGAUCUAAAAUAUUUGAUUAACCAAAGUACAAAAGAUUGUAUUGUAUUUAUGACUGGAUAUUUUACAGUGCUUUCUGAAGAACUAUAAAUAUUUACUUGCAAUGAAAUAAGGCUGCUAAGAAAUAUUUUUGCAUAGUCAAAGCAUAUUUACUAGUAUUGUGAAUCAGUAUGCAUAAUAUACUGUUAAGAAUGUAAAUAUCUCUUCACUUUCAAUUUUAAUUAAGUUUUCGUUCAAAUAUUAAUGGAAAUUUGAAGAGAAAGGGUAUCUAUAUUGUAAUUAAGGUGUUAGGUUCUAAUUUUACAUUAACAUUCCAAUACAAUCUACCUCUUUUGUAGAAAAAAAAUGAUAUUGAUAUUAACGUAGUAAUUGUUACUAAUUUUAAACGAAUUUUGUUACUUGAAUCGCUUAGAAUGAAUUUUUAAUCAACGCUCGAUCAUUCAUGACAGAUAAUAAACUUUUUAAAAAUAUUUAAAUGUGCCUCUUAAACAAUUGAUUUUUGUAUCAAAUUCUUUUAUUAAAUUCAGCCAUGUAUGCAAUAAAACACUAUGUAAAGUUCUUUUA